AUGAAGUUGAAUUAUGUAGAGCAGAAGUUGUUGAAGAAGGUUAACCUUUUUGAUUACAAAGACAAUAAUGUCAACAUGAAUCGAGUUAUAUCCAAAUUUGGUUUAAGGUCUAGUAAGGAGUAUCGGCAAUAUAACAAAGUGGCAUUGGAGAUACAACAGCUUGUGGCCAUAUUACGAACAUUGCCAUCAGAAUCAGAAGUGCGGCAAAAGAUUGGAAAAUCGCUUCUUGAUAAAUUAUAUAGACUAGGCAUCAUUAAUGAUGUAAGCUCAUUGGAGGUGGUUGAGAAUUUCGGUGUAAGCUAUCUAUGUCGACGACGUAUUACGUGGAUCUUAAAGAAAAUAAAAAUGGCUCAGCACACACAACACGCAAUCGAUUUGGUGCAACAUGGUCAUAUCAAAAUUGGUAAUGAUGUCGUUAAAGAUCCAGCCAUGCUUGUAACACGCCAAAUGGAAGAUCUUAUCACCUGGGCGGACGGAUCGAAAUACAAAAAACACAUCUCAGAGUUUCAUGAUACCAAAGACGAUUUUACCCUUCUCAACCUCUAA